AUGAAAAACACUGUACUUAGACAGAGGAAUGUUGCGAAUGACAUAAAAGAAUCAGUUGCUGCAUUAGAUGAGCUUUUCGACGACAUAAGUUAUUACCGGCUAUGUUGGCUAAAAGCUGAAGCAGAGAAAAUAUGUAGUGUACACCAAUCAAGACUACAAAAAAAUAGCAGUAUAGUAGACACUCCGACCGCACAACGGCAAAAGCGAGCCGCGACUAGCCCAGUGGUGAGGGCAAUAAACGCCCAAGAAAACAAUAAAAAGUCGGACAAUGUAGAAAUUCCGCCAAAGAAGGGAGCGGAAGGAAAAAAUUCAAGGAUUAAGCGCAGAGAGCCUAAAGAUAAACCUGAAGUGGUACUCAUAAAGCCAGUAGAAGGCAGAAGAUACGCAGAUAUUCUUAAGUCGUUAAAGAACAACGUAAAAUUAGAGAAAACGGAAAUUGCGAUCCACUCCAUUCGCAAGACUACUGCUCUGGCAGUGUUGCUUGAAGUCGCAAAAAGCGGAAAGAAAGCGGAGUUUUGCGAAUCCAUAAAAGAAACACUGAAAGAAAUAGCGACGGUAAAAGAUCUAAGACCGCAAGCAACGAUUGAGAUCCGCGACUUGGAUUGUCUAACCGAUAAAGAAGAGGUCAUCACCGCUAUACGUUCAGCAACCCAAAAUCCAACAGCUGAGAUGAAGGUACACGUCACUAAAGGGAAUAGUAGAGAACAAUGCCGCGCUUUCGUGAAAAUGGCAAUUACUGACGUAAAGAGCAUAUUGGUAAAAUCCCGCAUAAAAAUAGGCUGGACAAUUUGUCGCGUAAAGUUACGAGCCGACGUGAAACGAUGUUUCAAAUGUUUUGGGGUUGGCCACGUACAGGCAAAUUGCACUGGUCCGGACAGAAAAGGACAAGGAUUGUGCAUACGUUGCGGGGAGAAAGGGCAUGAGUUCAAAGAAUGCACAAAACCACCGAAAUGCUGUCUAUGCCUAAAUGAAAGGCUCACAGCAAUAAAUCACAUUCCUGGAUCAACUACAUGCUCGGCACACAAGAAAAUAGGAUAUUAA